CUGCGUUUGCUCGUCUUUUUUUUUCGGCGUAAUCGAUAAGCAUUGAAAAAAUUUGCUCCAAGGUCCCUUCGAAAGCCCUAUCCCUAAUCCCAGAUUUAAUUGAGUAUUGAAUUCGUUUCGCUUUCCUGAUCGAAGAUUUCGUUUAAUUCUCUGAAUCGAUGGCGGCUAAACCACUUACAAGUAAAGCAAUCGCUCUCACGGAAAAGAAAAUGGACAUGACAUUGGAUGAUAUCAUUAAACUGUCAAAAAAGACUACAAACAAAGGCAAGAAACAGCAGCAGCCAAGAAUGCCGAAUAAAAGCCAGAGACCUGUGAGUAACGCUGCUAAAGACAAGGCUUUUAAGGUACGGCAGUACAUGAACUCGCGGUCUUCUCUUAGACAGGGGGUUCUAGCGCAAAGAAGGUCCAAUUUCCAGGGCAACCGGUUUCCUUUUGCAGCUGAGGCUGCCCAAAGGACUGCAGUUGCUCCAUUUCGAAAUAGAGCCUUUAAUAGUAGAAGGGUGCCUAAUUUGAACAAGCCAAGGAUUGGGGCAACACCGAUCCAAAGAACUGCAAAUGGUGGUUUUGCAGCAAAGCUGUCGCUGCGGCAGCCGCAGCAGCAACAACAACAAGAGAACAAAGUAACGAAGCAAAAGCCGAAAACAUUGGAUUCCCUGUUUGCGAACAUGAAGGAAGAGCGAAUGAGAGUAUUUUCACAUCAGAACAAGAAUGUACAACCCAAUGGUGGUGGAAGGCAAAUAGUGCCCUGGGGAAGAGGGCGAUUUGGCAAGUGAUGUGUUCUGUUGACCUGAGGUCCUUACGUCUUUUCAUACGGUGUUGUGUUUUUGAACCUCCUCUAUCAACUGUAGGUAAUGUGUUCUCACUUGCUCGAAUUUGUACUUUGGAAUUAUUCCUUUUA